UGACAAAAACGACUCUUUAUAAAGACAGCUUGAGUGUUGGCUUCAUGAGUAAUGGCGGAUACUCCUAGAACUCCUAUAGUAGCCACAACUACAAAUUAUUCACCUAAUUUCUUCCAUCCCCACAUAUAUAUCUUCGAUAACCAAGAUUGAAUCGAGUUAAGAUUCAAUCAAGAUUGAAUCUUUUCUCUUGCUGCUUAAUUUGGCGACUUUUGCUACUCAGUGUAGAAAAUGGCUGUAGCUAUGGCUUCUAGUUGCAGUAAAUUUGGGCUCUACGGCAAUUUGAGGGCAAUGGAGAAGCUAUCCAAUUCGAGGGCUUCUCCGUUUUUCUGCUCUUUCGGGUUGGAUCCACUUCAGUUGUCAUGCAUUAAUCCCAAGAAAAGCCUAUCGUCUUCCAUGACUACAAUUAUACCAAAAGCAUCACCAUCUACUGCUGUGGAGGGUGGAAGUUCUCAGGAGACGGAUGUAGUUCCUACCCCCAUCGUAAUAAUAGAUCAAGAUUCUGAUGAAGAUGCAACUAUUGUUGAAAUCACCUUUGGGGAUCGUCUUGGAGCUCUCCUCGAUACAGUGAAUGCACUCACGAGUCUUGGACUGAAUGUUGUCAAGGCUGAUGUAUACCUAGAUACUUCCGGAAAGCACAACAAGUUUGCUAUUACUAAAGCUUCGACUGGAAGAAAGGUUGACGAUCCGGAACUGCUUGAGGCUAUCCGUUUGACAAUUAUCAACAAUCUGCUUGAGUAUCACCCGGAGUCGAGUGUUCAGUUGGCAAUGGGGGCUGCAUUUGGUAUCACUCCACCGAAAAUUCUAUUACCCUAUAUUGCAACGCAUAUCCAUGUCUACGAUGAUGGUCCUGAGCAAAGCUUGCUCACUAUAGAAACAGCCGAUCGUCCGGGAUUGCUGGUGGAUCUCGUAAAGAUCAUCACUGAUAUUAAUAUCACUGUUAAAUCUGGAGAGUUCGAUACUGAGGGAUUGCUGGCCAAGGCGAAAUUUCAUGUAAGCUACAAUGGGAAAGCCCUUAUUAAGCCUCUUCAGCAGGUUCUUGCAAACAGUCUGCGAUAUUACUUGAGGAGACCGAGCACAGAGGAAGCAAGUUUUUGAUAGAUUGAAGAAAGAGAUGCACAUGGUUUCUUGUAUACUUAUUGACUGUGUCUACCAUUGUAAACGCAAUUGGUUGUAACUUGUAACUCUUCUGCAGAUUUGAGUUUCCAGGAAUACUAUGAAUACUGGGAAAUCAUAUAACCAUCACCAUGAGAGGAGCUUUUAGACCUAUUCAAUCAUUCAUGCAAAUCAAAUUGUCAUUUGUAAAUUACUCUCAGCCAAACUACUCAUGAGGAAUCUUAUAUUUUGGUAAUAUAAUUACUAAUAGUAGUGUUUA